AUGGGGUGCUGCCAAUCUCUACCAAAUUCUACAAGCGAGCUUAUUAGUGUAGUUCGUGAAGCUACUAACUCCCCCCCCUCCGUGAGUAAGCAAAAAAAUCUUGUUCGCUCACGGAGGGAGGUUAUUUUUUUAAAAAAAAUUUAUAUAUAAAUUCAUAGAAAACAAAUUUUUUCGAAAUUUUAAAGGAUCCUAAAUCGCAAAAAAUGGAAAUCAAAUAUUAAUUUAAUUUAUAAAAUUAAUUUUUAAACAAUUUUUUUUAAAAUUAAAGAGAAUUAGCUAUAGAUUUUGUAAUACUAAUUAUCACUUAUUAUCAAAAUUUUUUCCAUAAAAAAAAUUCUAUUAAAAAAUUUUUUUUUUUGCUCACAGGGUUGUUUUUUUGGCAAAAAAUAGGGAUUUUUUUAACGGUUUUAUUCGUCACAGGGGAAUAAGCAAGACCUUCAUAAAGAAGAUAUAAAAGAAACCACAGACACUCAUGCUCCGCAGCCACAAAUUUAUGACGACACCGCAAGCGAUAUUUCAUCUAAACAUAACAAAGCGUCUGUGCAUACAGACCCAGGUGUAAAAAUCCGUAGAAAGCAGUUCGUCCAUGUUAUCAAUGGAGAUAUCAGGCAAUUUUAUCAGGUGCAAGAAAAGCUUGGCAACGGCUCUUUUGGCAGUGUGCAUAAAGCAAUUCAUAUUAGUAGCGGAGCAGUUAGGGCUAUAAAGGUGCUAUCGAAAUCAAAAUUCAAGAAAGACGACCGAGAGAAGCUUAUACAAGAAGUAGAAAUCCUGAAAGACCUUGACCAUCCUAACAUUUUAAAAAUCUACGAAGUUAUUGAAGAUGACAUCUCUCUUUAUAUUGUUACUGAGCUUUGUACAGGCGGAGAGCUUUUUGAUAGAAUUAUUUCUCAGCAUAGAUUCUAUGAAAAUACAGCUGCCAGCUAUAUGUACCAAAUAGUCUCAGCACUAAUGUACUGCCAUCAAAAUGGUAUAGUUCACAGAGACCUCAAGCCAGAAAACCUACUUUUUGAGAAUGACUCACAAGAUGCCCCGAUCAAGGUCAUUGAUUUUGGGACUUCUUUAAAAUUUUCGCCUAAUACUAAACUGUCGAAUUUUACAGGAACCGUAAGCUAUAAAUAGGCGUAUUAUGUAGCUCCAGAGGUAAUUAAAGGGAAAUAUGACGAAAAAUGUGAUGUCUGAAGCGCUGGAGUUAUUUUGUAUAUUAUGCUAUGUGGAAUCCCACCAUUUAACGCAUCUUCUGAAAAUGGGAUUUUAAUGAAAGUUUCUAGAGGCGUCUUCACCUUCGCAAUGCCUGAGUGAAAAAACGUGUCUCAAGAAGCCAAAAGUCUAAUAACAAAAAUGCUUACCAAAGACCCUGCAAAGCGGCCUUCAGCUGAAGAAGUCCUCCAAGACAAAUGAUUGCAAGGCAGAGUUGAUCGGGAAAUUAAAGGAAAUCGACUCGCGAGGUCAACCUUAACAAAUCUUGGCGCUUUUAAAGUAAAUUUUAUAUAGUCCGGCUGGAAACUCCAACAAGCGACUUUAGAAUAUAUUGCGUCCCAUUUAACAACUAAUGAAGAAACAGAAGAAAUCAGAAAAGCUUUUAUAGCACUUGAUGAUAAUGGAGAUGGAAAAUUAAGCCCAGAAGAAAUAAGGGCUGGCUGCUUGUCAUUAAACUUAGGAGCGGAUGUAGAAGAAAUUCUAGCACACUGCGACGCAGAUGGGAAUGGGUAUAUUGAUUACACAGAAUUUGUGACCGCCACGCUGGAUUGGAAAAAAGUCCUUUCUCAAGAAAAGUUAGAGGCAGCUUUUAAGGCUUAUGAUACAGAUAAUAGUGGGACGAUUUCUAUAGACGAGUUUAAAGCAUUUUUGGGUGGAAAUGAAGGAGUAGAAGACUCAGUGUGGAAACAAAUUUUUGAUGAAGCCGAUUCCAAUGGAGACGGAGUGAUUGAUUUGGAAGAAUUCAAGACAAUAAUGAUGAAAAAUAUGAAUAAUUAG